AGCGCGGCUUCCCGGCCCGGGGGCGGGCGUAUUCAAUGGAAGUAUGUUACCAGCUGCCGGUGCUGCCCCUGGACAGGCCGGUCCCCCAGCACGUCCUCAGCCGCCGAGGGGCCAUCAGCUUCAGCUCCAGCUCCGCGCUCUUCGGCUGCCCCAAUCCCCGGCAGCUCUCACAGAGGCGUGGAGCUAUCUCCUAUGACAGCUCGGAUCAGACUGCAUUGUACAUUCGUAUGCUAGGAGAUGUACGCGUAAGGAGUCGAGCAGGAUUUGAAUCAGAAAGAAGAGGUUCUCAUCCAUAUAUUGAUUUUCGUAUUUUUCACGCUCAAUCUGCAAUCGAAGUUUCUGUGUCUGCAAGGAAUAUCAGAAGGUUACUGAGUUUCCAGCGGUAUCUUAGAUCGUCGCGCUUUUUCCGCGGUACCGGCGUUUCGAAUUCUGUAGACAUUUUAGAUGAUGAUUAUAAUGGACAAGCUAAGUGUAUGCUGGAAAAAGUUGGAAAUUGGAAUUUUGAUAUCUUUCUAUUUGAUAGACUAACAAAUGGAAAUAGUCUAGUAAGUUUAACCUUUCAUUUAUUUAGUCUUCAUGGAUUAAUUGAGUACUUCCAUUUAGAUAUGAUGAAACUUCGUAGAUUUUUAGUUAUGAUCCAAGAAGAUUACCACAGUCAAAACCCUUACCACAACGCAGCCCACGCUGCAGAUGUGACUCAGGCCAUGCACUGUUACCUAAAAGAACCCAAGCUUGCCGAUUCUGUAACUCCUUGGGACGUCUUGCUGAGCUUAAUUGCAGCUGCCACGCACGAUCUGGAUCACCCAGGUGUUAAUCAACCUUUCCUUAUUAAAACUAACCAUUACUUGGCAACUUUAUACAAGAAUACCUCAGUACUGGAAAAUCACCACUGGAGAUCUGCGGUGGGUUUAUUGAGAGAAUCCGGUUUAUUCUCACAUAUGCCAUUAGAAAGCAGACAACAGAUGGAGGCUCAGAUAGGCGCUCUGAUACUGGCCACGGACAUCAGCCGGCAGAACGAGUACCUGUCCUUGUUUAGGGCCCAUCUGGACAAAGGCGACUUAUGUCUGGAAGACACCAGGCAUAGGCAUUUGGUUUUACAGAUGGCUUUGAAAUGUGCUGAUAUUUGUAACCCAUGUCGGACCUGGGAAUUAAGCAAGCAGUGGAGUGAAAAAGUAACAGAGGAGUUCUUCCAUCAAGGCAAGUUACAGUAUUGAGUGAUAAUCUAUUCAGUUCAUUUUUUAGCAUCAUAUGAAUAAAAUAACUCAGACAGUUGCGGAGUCUAGCGGUAGGUGCCUGAUAGUUGUAAUGACAAUUCACAGUCGAUGUACAUAUAACCAGUAAUGCACAACUUGAGCAUCUGUUUUGAAAAAUAGCGGUUCUCUUUUGAAGUGAUCUGAUGUGUGUGUAGGCAUUUACGAGUUAGACGUGGAGCCGGCUGCACGUUAUUCUGUACAGAAGGCUUUUCCUGCCCUUUUGCUCCAUCCUUGUCUUGUGUGGAGGGCGUGGCCAUAUAUGACCACGUAAGACAUGUUUUGUGAUUUGAAGCCAGGAACCAAGGAUCUUUGUUCCAUGCACCUUCCUUUCAGAAAUCUGAGUUUUAAGUUACAGUGCUGACAGAAUUACAGUCUUGGGAUAACACCUAGUAAAAGUUUUCCACCCUCUCCAUUUAAAAUAAGGACACCGGCUUGGCAGCCUUUUUCUAUGUACGAAUAACUUAAAGUUUAAAAAAGAGCUAAUUUAGAAGGCGUCCUCUCAUGAGGAGUAAGUGUGUUACAUUAUCCCUAAGGAACUUACAGGUAAGAUGAAGACUUUCAUUACAUAUUUAACCAAUAGGUC